AUGACGCCAACCUCAUUCGCCGGGGUUAUCGUCGCGGCUAGCGGCAACAUACCGGGUCAGACACAUGACUCCAUCCAACGCAUGGUCGAGGAAUGUGGUGCGAGGUUCGAAAAACUCAAAGUGAGCGACUGCACACAUCUCAUCACCACCAAGAGAAGUGUGCAAAAUGCAACCAGGAAAGUUGAUGCGGCCCACAAGGUUGUACACUGCAAUGUCGUCGGCAUAGAAUGGCUGGUCGAUUCCGUGCAGAACAAAAAACCGGUCAGCACGGAUGGCUACCUCCUCAAGCCGACGCCAGACAAUGUUCCAGGGGGCUCACAGCUCACCCAAAGCUCUCCGGAUAAACCCAAGAGCAACAAGCAUAAGCUUGCGGCGGACACCCACACGAUUGAAGAGCCACCCAAAGUGCAGAGAAACAAUCUGCACGUCCAUCGGGAACAAUUGGUGUUCCUCGUGGAUGAUCAUUUUCAAACUCGUGGAGAAGAAGUCGCCGUUUGGAUGGAUGAGCAUGGUGUACGCUGGGAUGCGUUGCUAAUCAGCAAUCUGAUCAAGCGUCCAUCAUCUCAGUUGAACGCGUACACACCGGAAUACAGCGUUCUGAUCCACCGUCUCCAAAUCUUGUACAUUUUCAAGACCGACAGGUAUUACACGUGGUUCAGGCUAGUGGAUGACAAGACCGAGGAGGGAGAACUGUACGGCAACGGCGAUCUCAUGUCAGCAGUCGUCGAAUUCAAGAGGCUGUUCAAGAGAAAGGCCUCGCUGGGUUGGGAGGACCGCUACUUGUUACCUCAAACUCUGCCAUGGCACUUUCCAGAUGAAACCCGGUGCCUCUUUAUUCAACCCCCAACCGAGGAUGAACAGCAGACCAUUGCCCAAGGACACGAGAAAUCAAAGGACAUGAUCAAGAUCCCUGAUGCAAUCAUGGGUUUAAUAAAGCUACUUUUCGGCCACACUAACAAAAUGCAAACUCAGUAUCUCUUCAACGAGAUAGCUAACUGCCGUAUCAAGGCGAUCGGUAAUAUUCAGCUCGGGGAAGAUGCCUUGCGAACCGCAAUUGCCCUUCUGGAUAAGCUCGGCCAUGCCUUGACUGACCAUGCCUUGACUGACCAUGCCUUGACUGACCAUGAGAAAAGAAAGGCUCUACGAAGCUCGCUCAGUCCACAUUCCACGCUUGGUCGGGCUAAGUAUCUGAAGCAAUGUUAUUUCGGCUUGCUGGGGAUCGUCAACCGCUCAAUCACAGAAUCACUAGCUACAGACCAAGACUGGCUUAAGCGGGAGCGUGAGGACGUCCAUCUUCUGCUGAAGUUGCGCAUCGCAAUAGAAAGAGCCCAUCUUCUUUACAACAACCCCCUCGCCCCACUGUCGCAACAGGCAUUUCAAACUCUAGAACUGGCCGAAAUUAAGAAAGUUCGGAAGGGCACCAAAGAGUACAAGGGCCUGUAUGACUAUCUUCAAUCGUCAGUCGGGUCACUUCAUACGGUUCAGUACAAGGAGGUCAUCAACAUUUUUCGGAUCGAACGUCGCGGGGAAUCUGAGCGCUACCACAAAUGGAGAGCAGCAAACGGCGACAAAAUCGGUCAACGAUAUUUGCUUUGGCAUGGCUCCGCAUGUGAAAAGUUCAUCGGUAUCCUGAGCCAAGGAUUGAGAGCCAAUCUCUUCGAGAAGAGCGCCGGUGGAAUGUUUGGCGCCGGCAUUUAUUUCGCUGAUAUGUCGGGCAAGGCUGCCCGAUACUGCCGUGGCCCGGCCAACAUGGCACUCAUGCUUCUUUGCGAAGUUGAGAUCGGCCACGAUCCACUGAUCCUCGAAGACUGUGACCGCAAUGCCGCAUCUACCCUGCACAAGGAGGGAAAAAUCGCUGUCAUGGCUCACGGUCGCUCAAACCACAUAGGAUGGAAUAACGCGAAAAAGCUUCAUCGGCGCCUAGACGGUGUCUGGAUGCCCGAUGUCGCGCUACCAAGGGAGCAUCGGGCGUCAAAGACUCUGGCAUACAAUGAGUACGUGGUCUACAACCCGGCUCAGGUCCAGCAGCGAUACCUUUUCCAUCUGAAGACCGGUUGA